AGCACUCAGGAGCUCCACCAGCCCAGCUUGACUGAGGUGCCAGGCAAGAACGCCAAUCGGGCAGGUCGUCGCCACCGUACCAACCAAGCGCGUGGCCGAACGCCGACGCCGCCGCCGCCGCCCCCGUCGAACGUGCCGACGGAAGCGCGUGGCCGGCGGCGACGAUGGGGCAGAAGCGCGCGGUGCUGGUGGGCAUCAACUACCCGGGCACGGACGGGGAGCUCAAGGGCUGCCUCAACGACGUGGCCCGCAUGCGCCGCUGCCUGGUGGACCGCUUCGGCUUCGACGAGGGCGGCAUCCGCGUGCUCGCCGACGCCGACCCGUCCACGCCGCCGCCCACGGGGGCCAACAUCCGGCGGGAGCUCGAGCGCCUCGUGGCGGGGCCGCGCGCCGGCGACACGCUCUUCUUCCACUACAGCGGCCACGGCCUGCAGCCAGGGCUGCCCGCCGAGACCGGGGACGACGACGACACCGGGUACGACGAGUGCAUCGUGCCCUGCGACCUCAACCUCAUCAAAGAUCAAGACUUCACGGAACUCGUGGCGAAGGUCCCCGACGGCUGCCUCUUCACCAUGGUCUCGGACUCGUGCCACAGCGGCGGCCUGAUCGACAAGACCAAGGAGCAGAUCGGGAACAGCACCAAGCAGAACAAGAAGAACCAGCAGCACCGGGCCGGAGACACGAAGCCUCCAUCCGCUUCCGGAACCUGCACCUGCUCCUGCUCCUCCCUCCUGCGGAUCAUCCGUGGCGCGGUCGAGUCCCUGGGCGUCCACCUCCCCUGCCAUGGCCGCCGCCAUGGCCACAAGCAGAGCACCCAAACCGGCGGCAAGGAGACGGACGCGAAGACGGAGGCCGAGCCGUCCACGAUCGCCAGCGCCACCACCACCAGCAGCCGGUCGCUGCCGCUGCCGACGUUCAUCGAGAUGCUCCGGGACAAGACCGGGAGGCACGACGUCGGCGUGGGGUCGAUCCGCACGACGCUGUUCCACCACUUCGGCCACGACGCCAGCCCCAAGGUCAAGAGGUUCGUGAAGGUCAUGGUGGGCAGGCUCCGGCACGACGGCAAGCUGGACGGCGAGGAAGCGGAGCAGUCGCACGCCCUCAGGGCGGCCCUGGAUCAGGACGUGCAGAGCGUCGAGGAGGUGUACGCCGGGGCGGCGGCGGCGGCCAGGGCCGGGCUGCCCCGGAACGGCGUCCUGAUCAGCGGGUGCCAGACGGACGAGACCUCGGCGGACGCGACCACGCCCGACGGCGUGUCCUACGGCGCGCUGAGCAACGCGAUCCAGACCGUCCUCGCCGGGAGCAAGCGCGGGGCGGCGGCGGCGACGAACCGGGAGCUGGUGGUCAGGGCGCGGGAGCUGCUGGCCAAGCAGGGGUACACGCAGCAGCCCGGGCUCUACUGCAGCGACGAGCACGACAAGCUGCCCUUCAUCUGUUGAACUGUGUGCGAGUGAUUGCUCACGUGGAAUUCUCAAGCCAAUCUAUCGUUGUGUUACAGAAGAACUAGUAAGAUGGCCCGCACUAGUAUUUUAUUUAUUUUUUAGAUCCUUUUAACUUAAUAGAAUAGAUGUAUUUGGUAAUUUAUUUACCGUACCUCUCGUUCGCUCUCGUUGAAUACUAUCUGCAGCUUUUU